CCAUAGGAUAAUCAAUUAUCGAAAAUUGGAUCUCAUUAGCUAUAAGGAUAUCUCUAGCUGGGCUCAUAAGAAGCAUCUCACCUGCUGAUUGAGACCCACUCCUAGUAGCCUCAUCCCAUAUACAAACAACCAUAUGAGCCCCCAAAGGCCCCAAUUGUUGUACCGAAGGGGUAGUAGCUGGAGCAGCUCUAUCCACCGACAAACUUACCCACUCCUCAUACUGCUGAUUAAAUUGUCGCAUCAAAGCAGGAAUCCCAAACUGUUUACCUUCAAAGACAACCCAGUUAAAGGAUCGCCAGAUCCUCCAGAGGAUAGCGACAAGCGCCACGAACAACGACUGUUGAUGUACAAUAGACAUCAGCCGCUUAAGAAAAAGUGGGAAGGUAUGACGAGGCAACCCCUCACCCAGAUAUUCCAGACCCGAAUAGUCCCAAAGAGAAUGCGCCACCGGACAAUAGAGAAACAAAUGCUCCAUCGUCUCAUAGGCCUCCCAACAAACCGGGCAUCUGGGAAGCACAUGAACAUCUUUUUCAAUGAGGGCUUCAUUAGUUGGCAGGAUUCGGCUGAGGAUUUGCUAGAGAAAUACCUUCAGUUUUGGAGGAAUAUUAGCCUCCCACAAGCGAAUCCAGUUGGUCUUAUCCAUCCAACUAGUCGUGGACCUCCACCAACCCCUCCGCUUAUUAAGUGCGACAGCUAAAUGGUAUACCGAUUUAAUAGAGAAAACCCCGUCAACUGCGUCAUGCCAGAUCAUUCUAUCCUCCACAUUCUGACGCGGAAGAGUAAUAGCUUUGACGGCAUCACAGGUAAACGGGUCAAACCACUGACGAAGUUUGCGGUCACACCACCGGCCUUCCCCUUGACAAAUAACCGCAGCUACCGGUGGGUCCCCCCCAAUCGGUAAAACCUGGGGAUUAUACCGAGGGAGAUCAAGCUGUAACCGAGGUUUUCAGUUGGAAUGCAACAGAGAAGCAGACCGUCCAUUACCAAUUUGUCAUCUUAGCCCCAUCUUUAAUAGUUGUCGACCAUAAAGGAUACUCUGCCAUCCCCACGAAGGGUGAGAGCGAGUCGUAGCUUUGAGGAAGGUCCCAGUUCAUUAAGGAUACGCCAUCCAAUUUUGGCUAAAAGAGCUUGGUUAAUAUGUUCAAAUCGGCGAAAUCCCAUCCCCCAUCAUGUUUACUCCUGCACAUAUUGCGCUAGGAAAUCCAACGAAUCCUAGACUGACCCUCUUCAGCACCCCACCAGAAUCAAGCCACAUGUUAUCCAAUAACCGACACAGAGAGAGGUAAUUUGAAGCAGAACAUCACAUGCAACGGCAACGGCAACGCCAAAGCAAUUGAUUUAAUCAAAGUUUCCUUAGCCG